AUGAAGUCGUUUGGAGACUGUCCGUGUCCUGAGGCCGGAUCAGGAGCGUUGGGAACGUCAGGAGACAUGGAGCGAGGCGUGAGCCAAGCCCCGGACAGGAUGGAGACCCUGAUGAGUGCGGUGGCCCCUCGCUCCCCGGCCCCUGCUAAGAGGCCCUCAGAGGUGGACUUCAGGUCUGGGGCCUCGCUGGAGCAGCUGUCGGUGCAGGUGACUGAGCUGGUGCAACAGGAGCAGGGCGAGUUUGGAGACCAGACCGCGCUGGAGGUCCACACGGCCAAGGACUUCAUCUUCAACAUGCUCGGUACUGACGCUCUCUGCUCUUUAGGUUCUCAGUGUUUCUGUUGUUAG